AACAAUAACACCUCCGACAUCACCGGUUGGGUUUCGUCAAACACCAGCCGCGGGAGCAUUGACAUCCUGUGGUCCUGCUCCGUCACCAUGGUUCUGUGUUGCUGGGUCUCAACCUACCCAAGCGUGCCGUCGCCCCGCGACAAGUGGUACCACCCUCUGAUCGACAAGUUCAACCUCGCAUGUCUUGGCUUGCUGGGCCCGGAGCUUCUUUUUGGGAUGGCCCUUGGUCAGUUGUCGAGUGCAAGGAAGAGCGUUCGGCUGUUCCGGUCGCUGCCUCGCGCCCCUCAGGGCAGAAAAUGGACUCUUACCCACGCAUUCUACGCCGACAUGGGCGGUUUUCACCUCAUCAGCCCUGACUAUCCCGCCUUCCCCGUCUCCGCGGCUCAGCUGUAUUAUCUCGUCAAGCACGGCCACGUGGACUUUCCAGAACUCAGCAAGGUGGAUAUCAAAGCCAUCAACAAGGCCGAUAGCUUGUCCAAGCUCAUUAUCAUAUGGCAAGCGUUCUGGUUCUGCGUGUUAGAACUGCAGCGUGUUAAACAGGGCCUGCCCAUGACCCCGUUCGAACUGACCGCCCUAUCUUUCUCCGCCACCAUGUUCCUCAGCUCGUUAUGUUGGUAUGCCAAGCCGUCCGUCUCUCGCCCCACGAUGCUGUACACACGAGACGGGAGGAGCAUCGAGGACAUCAGGGCCGCGGCUCGAGCCACGACCCACCCAGGCCUCCCAUCCGAGUGGUAUCGUACUCCCCUUGACUUCCUGACCCCGUACCGCCGUUUCCGCGUAGCCGUCCACUGGGCCUACUACAACCAACUCUCAUACAUGGUCCACCUGCCCAUCAUGUCACGCCAGAUCACGGCCCGGCCGUGGGAUCGACUCCCGUCCGACGCAGUGUAUAUCAUUGCGGACCGCGACCUGCAGGCCCUAGGGCUUGUGUUCUGCCUCGCAUUCAGCGCCACGCCGCUGAUAGCGUGGAACUUCUUCUUUCCCACCCAAGGGGAACAGAUCGCCUGGCGAGUGUGCAGCGUAUACAACACCUCGUUUUCGCUUUACUGUUCUAUGUACUACGCUGUCACUGGGCUCUACGAGCUCAAUGCUGCCUCAAAAAACCAGCCAAUUCCUGACGCUGAAGCCGGCGUGGUGGCUUCGUCUGAGAAAGCCCCGUCCCGAUUCCGACGCAUGGUCCGGAGCACCACCGCCUGGCUGAGGAGCUGGCGGAACAUCUCUCCCGAUGGGAAUCCGGACAUGGAGAUGAAACUUCGUGAGGCGUUUCCGCCUCUAAUCCCAACGUUUCUCUUUCUCUGCUGCCGCGUUUUCUUUUAUUUGGAGAACUUUGUGGCCAUCCGUCAGCAACCCAUCGGCGUGUACCAGGGGGUGAAC